AACUUUACACAGCAACUCAGGAGAAACGAAAUGAUCUGCCCUGGAGCCGCAGCAAAAUGCUGGAUGGACACCUACUCCUGGGAUGGUUAUCGUUCACGGUCAUAGUCCUCCUUUUCGGCUUGCCUGGACCAACCACUGCUUAUUUCGGACUGACGGGUAAUGAGCCCCUGUCCAUCCUGCCACUGAGCUCACAGCCUGAGGAAAGCACAGCUAAAGCACACUACAAACUCUGCGACCGGCUCAAGUUGGAGAAGAAGCAGCGCAGGAUGUGCCGACGGGACCCCGGCGUAGCAGAGACCCUGAUGGAGGCCAUUAGCAUGAGUGCCCUGGAGUGCCAGUACCAGUUCCGCUUUGAAAGGUGGAACUGCACCCUGGAGGGGCGCUACCGAGCCAACCUACUGAAGAGAGGUUUCAAGGAGACAGCGUUCCUGUAUGCCAUAUCCUCGGCAGGCCUGACCCACGCCAUGGCCAAGGCCUGCAGCGCUGGCCGGAUGGAGCGCUGCACCUGUGACGAGGCGCCCGACCUGGAGAACCGCAAGGCCUGGCAGUGGGGCGGAUGCGGGGACAAUCUGAAGUACAGCAACAAGUUUGUCAAGGAGUUCCUGGGGAAGAGGUCCAACAAGGACCUACGUGCCCGUGUGGACAUGCACAAUACAAAUGUGGGCAUGAAGGUGAUCAAGGCCGGGGUGGAGACCACCUGCAAGUGCCACGGUGUGUCGGGGUCCUGCACGGUCCAGACCUGCUGGCGGCAGCUGUCGCCCUUCCACGAGAUCGGCAAGCAGCUGAAGCUCCGCUACGAGACGUCCCUGAAGGUGGGCAGCUCCACCAACGAGGCCACGGGGGAGGGGGAGAUCUCACAGGCCCGGGCCCAGCAGCAGCCACUGCCGGGGCCCAGCGACCAGAUCCCCCGCACCACAGACCUCCUCCACAUCGAGGACUCACCCAGCUUCUGCCGCCCCAGCAAGUACUCCCCGGGCACGUCCGCCCGCAAGUGCUACAAGGACAAGAACUGCGACGCCAUCUGCUGCGGCCGGGGCCACAACACCCAGAGCAGGGUGGUCACCCGGCCCUGCCAGUGCCAAGUGCGCUGGUGCUGCUACGUGGAAUGCAAGCAGUGCACACAGAGAGAGGAGGUCUAUACCUGUAAGGGGUAG